AUGGGCCUUGAUCCAAGUGAAUCAUUCAGACAACUUCGUCCCAUAUGCAUUAAGUUGUCGAAGGAGCCAUCUCCUCAAAAUAUAAAGGAUCUCGAAUGCAAACUACGAACUGUAGAUGCCACUCAUCUAUCCCAGCUAGUGGAGUAUGUACUGUUUCCACUGAAACUUGCGCUACAGAGCACUAAUGCUACAAAUGAAUUGCAAGAAACUGCUGUUGGAUGCAUGGAAACUCUGUUUACACGCGCUUGUGUUUCCCAGCUGGGCACUUUUGAAGAGAUUUUUAGUUAUUUGUGUAUGCUUCUGAAUUCAAAAGAUAAUGGUCUCGGUCAAGUUGCUGAUAUACCAGAAGAACUGAAACUCGCUAUCGUAAAUUGCCUGUCUUGUCUGAUCCAACACACUUCUCUGGUUGUUAAAGGUGCUUUCUUUUCA